AUAAAUACAUGCGCGUACGUCUGUACAUAUACAUAUACAUAAUUGUUGUACUUAAUUAUUAUACACAGUACACCCACAUGUAUGAUGUAAACAAAAACUUUAUUCUGAAGCCCUUAAAUAUUUGUCAGGACAUGCAAUAAAAAGCAGUUGCUGCGGUUUGUAGCACCGUGGGCGUAACAAAACUGCAGAUUAUUACUUUGUAGUAUUUGAGUAUUAAUAAGAUUUAGCUUUUUUAAAUCAUAAGAAGGCUAUUACAGCUAUAAUAAAUAAACAAAGAUACACUAAACGUAUUGACAUCGACUUGGAAAUAAUCAAUUGACUAUGUUUAAAGUGUCUUUGGCAUUGAGAGAGUGGCUGCUCAUAAAUGCUUGCAUGUUAUGGAUCGGUCUCUAUUUUUGGAGUAAGCACAUUUCUAUGGGUUCAGUUACAUAGACUAAGAUAUAACACUAAUUACGAAGAGUUACAUACGAAAAGAACUGUACGCAUACGAGUGUGUUCUGCCAUAGUAAGACUCAUAGUAGUAAGUUAUUAUGAUCACUUAAUGCUUAUGUGGACAUUGCCACUGAACUUAAUAUUAAUUAGUAGGGGAGUGACAUCUUGUGGAUGCAAAACUUCAGGAAUAGUACCGUGCUGUUGUGUAUUUGUGCUCUGAUAGAUAUUAAAAUGAACUUGUUUUUGUUCAUCGGUUAAAAUCCCAGCUAUUUUGAUGUUUUGCCACCCUACGCGAGAGCAUCACAGGACAACAUAUAAUCUGUUUUGCUACCAUGACAGCGUGCGGGUAUAUUAGUGUUUUGUAAGUUCAAAUGGUAACAUAAUCUCUAAUACUGAAUGUUCAACAUGUGAAAAAUGUCCGCCUAACUAUUUAAAAUCAUUUAACCUAAACUGUAUUUGUGCCAAAGUGUUUUAACAGCUGUGAAAGCUUUCUAAUGCGAUAUGCUAUUUCACAAAAAUGGAAAGCAUGCUGUCAAAAAUGUUCAAAAAUAAAUGUGUCUACAGUAAGAAAUUAUUGGGUUGUGUUUGUUGAACAGUUCAUUAUGCUAUUAUUCAACUCAUUACCCAAAAGUCCACAGUACUACAAUUAACAUUUUCUCAUGACUCGUUUUUCAAAACAAAGACAAAGCAUUUUUCCAUGCCUAUAUAUAUGCCUAUAUAUAUAUAUGCCUAUAUAUAUGCCUAUAUAUAUAUAUAUAUAUAUAUAUAUAUGCCUAUAUAUAUAUGCCUAUAUAUAUGCCCAUAUAUAUAUAUAUAGAACUUUAUAUUUUGCACAACAUAUCCCCUGUAUCGACAAGAACGAUAAAUAAAUGAAUAUACUGUAUAAAAUGUGAUAAAAGUUUAGCAACAUGUGACCCAAGAAGUUCAUUUAAUUUUCAAUUUCUCCACAGUGGGCUUUUUUACUCGAUCUUUACUAGCUCACACAAAUGUAACCUGAACGCUAUCAGUCUGGCCCCGAAGGUUGACCCAGAGGGUUUUGCCAUUCUUCUUGAGUUUAUGUACACUUCACGUCUUGCACUAAAGGAGAGCCUCAUAAUGGCCAUUAUGAACACAGCCAUCUACUUGCAGAUGGACCAUGUUGUUGACACCUGCCACAGAUUCAUGAAGUCCAGUGACUCCUCCAUUAAACUGCCUAGAGAGGAUCUUCUGGUCAGCCCUCUGCUUUUACCUCGAAAUGUUCACAGUUACAGAUUCCACGAGGUGGUGGAUAACAUAUGUGUACGGCCAGCAACGUUCAGAAAUGGAAGACCCCACGAUGUUUGCAUGUUUAAUAUGGUCAAUGCUCCUAACAGCUCAUACCUUUAUGGACAGUUCAUGCAGGAUUUCCCCUUUCCACUUUGCAAGCUUACAGAUGCCAAAAACGCUUUCUCAAAAGGAGGCAUAAUCCACCACAAACACUGCUCUCCAGCUGGUGACAUCAAUCCCUUGCUGCCUGACUUCAUCUGUGGCACCACCGACAGUAAUGUUGGCUCCUCAAGUGGGCUGGGAAGAGAUGAGGAGAUGAAGAGGGAGAUGUUGGAGGGUGUGGUCCAGUCAAUCGGCAUGAGCUCCAUGAACCAUGGCUUUUCCAGCCUGGCCCAAGAGCAGCAAAGGGAGACUGGGAAAGAACAGAGUUCCCUGGCAGAGGAACAUCUAAGACACCAGCACUGCACUAUGGGUAUAUCCUCCAAUGGAUGCAAAGGCCUGAUGAGCAGUCCCCAGAGCCCACUUAAAUCAGACUGCCAACCAAAUUCUCCAACAGAGUCGAGCAGCAGCAAAAAUGCUGCCCUCGCACAGGCCUCACAACCUUUGACCUCUCAAGGUACACAAGACCUUAAAGCUCGUAACUGGAAAAAAUACAAGUUCAUUGUGCUUAAUCAGAGCACAAACAAAGAGGAUACCAAUCCUCGUGAUCUUGGAAUGCACUCCCCACAGAGGCCAGGCUUGUCCACUUUCCUUUAUCAUACUGACUCCGAGCACCUAGGUUUGAAGACAACAACAAAGAUCAGUGAGCAAUGCAAGGAAUUUACUGUUCCUCAAGCCAGUCACUUUAACAAUAUCAUUAACAGCAGAUCUCUGGAAGCAUCACAGAAGAACAGCGACAACCACUCUUCGCUGUCUAUGAAGCACUUAAAAUGUUCAUCCUGUGGCUCCAAGUCUCCACAGCACUCUAACAUCUGUCCCAACACAUCUGCCUCACGUCUGGUCGAGGAGAUGUCAGAGAUGCACUCGGAUUAUUCAGAUUCAAGCUGUGAAAAUGGAACAUACUUCUGUAAUGAAAGCGGCUCAAAGUUUGCAAAGGAGGAAGCCUUGAAACGGCACACACUUCAGGUUCACAGUGACAAGCCAUACAAAUGUGACCAUUGUCAAGCAGCGUUCCGCUACAAGGGUAACCUAGCCAGUCACAAAACCGUUCACACCGGAGACAAACCAUAUAGAUGCAAUAUUUGCGGGGCUCAGUUCAACCGACCAGCUAACCUCAAAACCCACACACGAAUUCACUCAGGAGAAAAGCCAUACAAAUGUGAGACAUGCGGAGCCAGAUUUGUGCAGGUUGCUCACCUUCGUGCUCAUGUUCUGAUUCAUACUGGAGAGAAGCCUUAUCCAUGUGAAAUCUGUGGCACUCGUUUUCGCCACCUGCAGACGUUGAAGAGUCACCUGCGAAUACACACAGGCGAAAAGCCCUAUCAUUGCGAGAAAUGCAACUUGCAUUUUCGUCACAAGAGUCAGCUUCGGUUACACCUCCGUCAGAAGCACGGAGCAAUCACCAACACCAAGAUCCAAUACCGCAUGUCCUCUACAGACCUUCCAGCUGACUUGACCAAGGCAUGCUGAAACUGCACUAAGCGCCAACCCUGACCAUGGCAUUAUGACCCUGUCUUGUAGAAUCAUUAAAAAUUUUAGUGCCACACUGUUAAUCUGAAGGAAAAAAACUUGGCAGGAUAAUGCCAUUCUAAAAGGGUUUCCUAUACAUUUGAACGUAGGACCACAUAUGGUUUCUUGUAGUCACUUUAUUGUUUAUAUUUAAAUAUUUAUAUAUAUAUUAUAUAUGUUGGGAGUGUUUAUACAUUUUGGGUUAUAAACAGCUUUAUUUUGUUGGAAGAUAAAUGGAAUGUGUAACAUUUAGAUCUGGGUUUUCAAAAAAAACAACAGUAUUUUAUAACAACAGAAUAAUUUUUCUGAAGGUAUUGUGGGAUUUUUAUUGAUGUUUGGAAUAUUUUAAAACAAACAUUUCUUGCAAAGCAGAGAACUGUCUAUAGAUUUUUAUAUUCACGCUGUUACGCUGGUGUACAGUAUGUUUAAAUACCCAUCUUGUAAAAUGAACUCGUAACUGUGACUAUAGCAUUGCAAAUCCUACUUUUGAGAAUAAUGGCUGCUCUCUCAAAAGGAAAACAUGCAUGAGGUUGGUUAUCACUAAUAUAAUUUUAUUAUGAAGACAAAUGCAAAAAUGUAUAGACAGUGUAAAGAUUUUACAUUAAUAUUGCUCUCUGCUGGCAGAGCCUAUUUGGAACUGUUAACAUAUGCAUUCAAACUUAGUAAUUAGCAAUAAUGAUUUGAAAAAAAUAAGGUACUGCCAUGUUAUGACCAAGGAUAUAUUUUGCUUCAUUGGUAUUUGUAUAGAAACGUGACUUUUUAUUUCUCUUGGCAAGUGAAGGUUUACAAGUUUUGUUGUUGUUCUACAAGUUACAGUUAAAGUUAUACUUUUGUCCUUUAUUUAAUGUUUGUGUAUACACUGUCUACUUAAGGUGCCUUUCUCAAUGGUGUUUGAAUUUCCUUUUAUUCAGCCGAGCUCUACCAAGGUACAACUGAAGGGCAAUGCUUGUCCUCCUUUCCCCCCUCCAAUGCCAAGUUCACACUACAUGAUUUUAAGCCCGAUUUGCAAGUCGUUUGGCAAGGCCAAAACAGUGCGCAAUUAGCUUGCAAUCAGUCAAUCAAUUAUUUAUGUAGUGUCACGUAGUGUGACCAUAUUAACAACUUAAAGACUCCAGACUUCACAGAGAGCAAGUCAUGUAGUCUGAACAGCUCAGCGAUCGGCCGACGUUUAAAGUUGUGUAAUGUGAACUUGGCUUAGAUGUAUGACAACUUGUUUGGACAGUAUCGUGCAUGUGUGCUUUGCAAACACUUUUUACACACUUUAAGAAAAAAUUCAAGUCAUUAUUGUGUGAGCUAUACAUCUUCAGGAUGUGUUUUGGCUUUGGACUUUUUUUUAAUGCAUUAAGCUUGUUGUAGAUAUAGAUGUAUGAAUGUAAAAUAAAAGUCUUGGAUUUCUUUGCUUAAGA